AUGGGUGCCACCGAGCUUGCCUUCCUCAGAGAACCUGCUGAUGUCAUCGCUGUUAGAGACCGCCCCCUGAUGUUGGACUGCCAGGUGGAGGGAGAGGGGCCUAUCACCAUCACCUGGAGACGAAAUGGUGUUCCCGUGGUAACAGGUGACCGGGCCAUGGUGCUCGCUAACGGAACCCUUCUGAUCAGGAGCGUCGCCAAGAGACGAGAGAGCAAUGAGACCGACGCUGGAGAGUACGACUGUGCCGCUCAGAACCACUAUGGACGCCUGAUCAGCCGCAAAGCCCGCGUACUGCUUGCCUCUCUCCCUAAGUUCCUCUCACACCCUGAGUCCAUGGCGGUGGAUGAAGGGGGCGUGGCCAGACUCACCUGCCAGGUAAACGGAAUCCCAGAAGCCAACAUCACGUGGCAGAAAGACCGACGCCCACUGAGCCUUGAUGAUCCAAGGUACACUCUGCUGCCCAAUGGCGUGCUGCAGAUCAACGGCGUACGGCGGACAGACAGCGGUUUGUUUCGAUGUGUUGCCACAAACAUCGCCAACACACGAUACAGCCACGAGGCCCAGCUGUCCGUCACCGGUACAGUUGCAGGAUCCAGGAUCUACAGAGAGCCCGUCAUCCUGUCGGGUCCUCAGAACCUCACCAUCAAUGUGCACCAGACCGCCAUCUUGGAAUGCAUCGCCACAGGCAACCCGCGCCCCAUCGUGUCCUGGAGCCGCCUCGAUGGGCGGUCAAUCGGUGUGGAGGGGAUCCAGGUGUUGGGGACAGGUAACCUGAUGAUCUCUGACGCUACACUACAGCACUCGGGGGUCUACGUCUGCUCCGCUAACAGACCUGGGAGCAGGUCCAGGAGGACGGCACUUGGACGACUCGUAGUGCAAGCUCCUCCAGAGUUCGUGCAGUGGCCACAGUCCGUCUCCAGACCACCAGGGGGCAGUGCGGUCUUCAGCUGUACGGCAUCUGGAGCUCCUGAACCUCACCUGAUCUGGCUGAAGAACGGCAAACUGUUGACACCGAGUGGCAACGUCAAACUGACCAACGGAAACACGACUCUGGCCAUCACCCGUAUCACCCCUGAGGACGAGGCCAUCUAUCAGUGUAUCGCAGAGAACAGCGCCGGCACCAACCAGGCCAGCGCCCGCCUCGCCAUCAGCCAGGGGCCCGAGCUGCCCGAGGCCCCCGCUGGCCUGAAGGCCACCGCUCUAAGCUCUGGCAGCCUGCAGCUGAGCUGGGAUCAGCCUGCAGAGGGCGCCACCCAGCAAAUCAUUGGAUAUGUCAUACACAUCAGGCGACUGGGAGAGCCUGACAGCGCUGAGCUCCAGGAGGCUGUCAGCACGACUACGUUCAAACACGACUUCAUCAACCUGGAGCCUGCCACCACCUACUCCAUCUACCUGAAGGCCUACUCUGCCCAGGGAGGCAGCCAGCGCUCUGACACCAUCACCGCCACCACACAGGGUGGAGUUCCCAGUCCUCCCAGUUUCUUCACCAAGGUGUUGAACCAGACCGCCAUGCAGGUGUACUGGGAGCUGCCCAGUAAGCCAGGGAAGCUGGAGGGCUUUAGACUGGAGUACCAUGGGGUCUCCAACCCAGAGGUCAAGGGGCAGGAAACCUUCCCGGCUCACAUCAACACCCACACCAUCUCCCAUCUAGAGCCAGCAGACGUUUAUGAGAUCCAGCUGGUGGCGUUUAACGGGAACGGGGACAGUCCGUCGAACCGGCGCCUGGUGUCGCUGUCAGAGGGAGGCAACACUGCACCAGCUGGCCCCACCUGUAACUGUGACCAUUCCUCCGGCGCCACGUCACCCCUGCUGGUCGGGAUCCACAGCAGCCUGGCCUGCAUCCUCUGCUGCCUGCUGCUCGUCCUGCUGGGAUACAGACGCAGGUAG